AUGGAAUUGGAGCACGACCUUUCCACGACAAAACCUCAACGAUCUCCACCUAAGAUCAAGCUACAGACUGGACCAUUUGGGUAUAAAACAAUUGGCCAACUCAUAUUCAACGAUUACGAGCACAGACGAGGGCGAAGCAUUCUGCAGCCAUGCACUUGUCUAUGCUGUUCUUCAUGGAAAAAGCUAAUCGAUAACCCAUCAAUACCCAUUGAAGCAGAGCUACCGUUGACCCUUGUUAGUUGA